AAAGUACAUGUACUACUCAAUAAAGAUCAAUAUAGGGAUAAUUAAAAAAAAAACUGAUUCAACUAGAAUAGGCUACACUAAACCUUAUAUUAAACUAACUAUUAUUUACGGGGAUAUGAAAACUGCAUCAUCAGUUAAUCUAGGUUUUAUUCAGCAUGGAUGCAAUUUUCAUAUCCCUAGCUUUAAAACAAUUAAAUCAAUCGUACGUAUAUAACUAGAUGUCACUGGUGGGGCAACGUCUGUACUGAGUGUCCGUGUUGUCUGUUAUUGUUUUGCAUCUGAAUAGCUCACAAUUUGACCGCUGUGACUACCUUAUUAAAUUGGAUGCUGAAACGUUACACCUGGGACGGAUGUUAAGUUUCCAGGAAUGAACGAAGCCGGCCUUGCUUACUACCGGAAGCAUGGGGCAAAAUAUUCUCGGAUAGAGAAAGGAUUUUUAACGCCAUUGAUCCCUAUUGUGGGAUUGAAAUGUCCAAGCGCAUUUCGGGCUAUUUUGCAAGAGCCCAAACCAAGUUUUUUGGCCUACGAAUGGCUUAAAGAGUGGCUCGGAGAUGGUUUGCUGAUUAGUAAGGGAAAGAAAUGGGCCCGGAAUCGAAAACUACUGACCCCAGCGUUCCACUUUGACAUACUAAAGCCUUAUAUUCAGGUUUACAAUGAAGGUGCUGACAAACUGUUGCAUAAAAUGUCACAAUGCGCAGAGACCGGAGAGCGUUUGGAGUUGUUCAGUAACAUCAGUUUGGCAACGCUAGAUAUACUCCUGUGUUGUGCAUUUUCCUAUGAAAAUGACAUCCAAGAGAAAGGGGAGAGUCACCCGUACGUCCACGCUGUCUCAGAGAUGCAGGACGCCAUGAUGCACAGGGUGCUCACCCCGUGGCUCCACCUAGAGUGGAUAUGGCGACUGAGCCCUACAGGGAGGAAGUUCAAGAAAAACUGCAAAUAUGUUCACAGCGUAUCUGAAGAGAUCAUCAGAAAGAGGCGAGAGACUUUGAAGCAGGAGGAAGGCAGCAACAAAAAGCGAGCACGCUAUCUUGACUUUUUGGACAUUUUAUUAACUGCUCAAGAUUCUGACGGUCAAGGGUUGACUGAUGAAGAAAUACGAGAUGAAGCUGACACAUUUUUAUUUGAAGGACAUGACACCACGGCCAGCAGUAUCUCCUGGAACCUGUACUCUCUGGCAGAACAUCCCGAGGUUCAACAGCGAGCUCAGGCGGAGAUAGACGCCCUGCUAGAUGGAAGGGAGGACCAAACCGUUACCUGGGACGAUAUCCACAAUUUACCGUACUUGACGAUGUGUAUAAAAGAGGGGAUGCGGCUCCAUGCGCCAGUGCCAUUUGUACAGAGAGAGCUCAGUAAGGAUAUGGAAAUAUAUGGGGUGACACUGCCUCGUGGUCUUCUCUUAGACCUACAUUUGUAUACGUUACAUCAUAACCCCACAAUAUGGGAUAAUGAUAUGGAGUACAGACCAGAAAGGUUUUCUCCAGAGAAUAUAGAAAAGAUGGAUCCGUUCGCCUACUUGCCAUUUUCUGCCGGACCAAGAAAUUGUAUCGGGCAAAAUUUCGCCAUGCACGAGCAGAAGGUUGUCAUAGCUAGGAUAUUACACAGGUUCACCCUGUCCACAGACCCAACCCACACCCCGAGGAAGAAGAUAAGUUUAGUGAUGAAGGCGGAGGACGGCAUCUACAUCAAACUUACGCCAAGAUAGACUGCUGGUUUAUUUUCAAUAAUGAUUUGAUACAGUAUUUUUUUACUGCUCAUAUACAUACUAGCAUUUAUUCAAAUCCGUUUAAAACCCAACAAGUCACAAGAUACGAGAACUGAAAUGACCAUAGUGCAAGCCAGAUGCGCAUUUUUUUUCUGAAGAGGAUAGAAGACAUAAUUAAAGUAACAAAAAUAAUUUUAUUGGUAACCUCAAAUACACAGUUUGCAAAUAGUUUAUUAGCGAUUAUAGCAUUACAAGUUAGAGUCGUCCUUAAUAAAAAA